CUCAGAAGGCCUCUAAGGACAUGGCACUCUAUUCUACUAAAGCUCUGCAUAAAGCUGGAAGGUGGUUUGAUGGCGGCUGGGCUCUUGUGCAGAAGCAGACGUGGGGCAGCAAAGCAGCUGUGGAAGGCAGAGGCAGAGUGAGGGUCCCGCCACCCGGGGUCCGUGCGGUGCCCGGGCUGGUGCGUGCCCCGCUGCUCCGGGGCAUCGCCUCCAGCCCCGUGCCGUGCCCGCUGCUGGGGUGACAGCUCCCGGCGAGCCCGGGGCCGGGACCGCAGGUGGGACGCGGCUCCGGAGGGAGGUGGGCGGCUCCGGGGGUGGCGGCAGGACCCGGCUGUCAUUCAGCGCGCGGCGAAAGUGACAGGGGGGCGGGGCGGCCCCGCGCCGAGCGCGUAUUUAACUUGGGCGGCAGCGGCGGCGCGGCAGAGCGCGGCGGGCGGGAGGCGGCGGCGGUCGGGACACCGUGACAUCGGGCGACACCGAGCCGAGCCGGGCUGCACCGCACCGCGCCGAGCCGAACAGGAAGCAUAGGGCACGGAGCGGCGCCGCGCCUGGAUGCGCUGAGCGCGGUGGGGACGACCGGGUCCCCAGAGCAGCGGCAGCAGCAGCGGCACCAGCAUGGGUCGCCGGGGCUGCUGAGCUACGGCCGAGCCCGACCCUGCCCGUCCCCGCCGAGGAGCCGUCAGGGAAUCGGGACGCGCCGCCUCGCCGGUGCCGGGGACACCCUCCUGCCUUCCAGCCCCGUCUCGCCGAGGAUGCCCCGGGGGCCCGCGGGCCGCCCCCGCUGCUCGCCAUGAGGAGGAGCCCGGCCGGGCCGCGGGCGCUGCCGCCGCCGCCCGCCGCCGCCUGAGCCCAUUGCCCCGGCCGUGCCCCGGCAGUGCCCGCGCAGGGGCCGCCCGAGCGCCCCGGCGCCGUGACCCUCCUCCCGCCCCCUCGCCCGGCGCGCCCGGCUAUAAAGGAGGGUUUUAUUCUCGGGCUCCGGUCUCACGCCAAACCCUGUCACACCGUCUAGACGAGCUGUCGUGGGGCUCGGCCCAGCUGUCACCAUGGCGAUGGAGACGAGUCCGCUGUGAAUUUUGGGGGGGAGCGAGCGAGCGAGAGCGGCGGCGGCGGCAGAGGAGGAGGAGGAGGAAGGCUCGGCCGCCGCCGUGCCCUGCCCUCCCCCGCGGGGGAGGCUCGGACCCCCCGGCGCUGCCGACCGCGGCUGGAGCCGGCCCGGCGGGGAGCCCCGGGAGCCAGCGGCCGCGGGCGCGGGGCGAGCCUCAGAUGCGGCUGUCACACAACCCCGGCCGGGCUAUUUAAAGUAACGGGCCCCGUCGGACACUGGUGUCUCUGCCUAUUUAUGAGCCCCCGGGAGCCGCCGGGCGCCGCCGGGCAGCGCUAGGAGCCGAGGCCGCCGGGAGCAGCGCCGGGGCCCGCCCGGAGCAUGACGGCGAUCCGGGCGCUGCUGCUCUGCCUCUGCCUGGGGUUGCCGGCGGGCGGGCAGCCCUUCCUGCGCCUGCGACCCUCGCCCAGCGACAACCUGCCCGUCAAGGACAUCGUGGAGCACCCGGACCCCGAGUACGACCCCAAGGAGCAGGACCUGGACGAGAGGACGCUGAGGAAGAAGCUGGGCAGCCAUUUCGACCCUGGCUUCAUGGCCGUGGCCGUGCCGGGGCCGGCCAACGCCUCGGGCGCCGCGGCGGCGGCGGGGCGGGGGCGGGCGGCGCUGCCGGCCGAGCUGCGGCGGCUGGAGCUGGGGCCGCCCCGGGGCCCGCGCCUGCGGCUGGGCAAGAAGGCGCGGCGGAAGGUGCUGCAGUGGCUCUGGGCGCACACCCACUGCCCCGUCUUCUACGCCUGGAAGGACCUGGGGGUGCGUUUCUGGCCGCGCUACAUCAAGGAGGGCAACUGCCUGGCCGAGAAGUCCUGCUCGCUGCCUGAGGGCAUGUUCUGCAAGCCCGUCAAGUCGGUCACCAAGACCUUCCUGCGCUGGCACUGCCAGGGCUGGUCCAGUCAGAAGUACUGCACCUGGAUCCCCGUGCAGUACCCGCUCAUCUCCGAGUGCAAGUGCUCCUGCUAAGCCUCCCCGGCCCCUUGCACUGCCGCCCUCCUCCUCCGGAUCACUUUAGCGGGCUGGGGGGGAGGUUUUUCGGGUGGGAUUUUUUUUUUUCUUUGGGGGGUGGGGUGGGGUUUUUUUGGGAUAGUUUUUUUGGAGGUGGGGUUUUUUCCCACCCCCCAGAGCGAAGUGGGAGAAGGUGAACCGCUUUGGAGGUUUUUUUGGUUUUGUUUUUUUGGGGAGGGGGGGGGCUUGUUCGUUUUUGUUGUUGUUGUUUGAUUUUUUUGUUGUUAAUUUUUUUUUCACUUGGACUUCUUUUAAUAUUAUUUUAUUCAAAAGGGGGGAAAGUAAACCCAGGAACUGCAGGGCAGGCCAAAGGCACAGUAAAGCACUACAAUCAGAUGUCUAUUUUUAUACGUAUAUAGCCUUCUAACAAAAGGAAAAUUUAAAAAAAAAAAAAAAAAAAAAAAAAAACUUAAAAAAAUGAAAAAAACCUACCAGCCGUGUAAAUAGAGAGAUUUUAAAGGAAAAGGGGGGGAAAUCGCAGCUGGUUUUUUUAUUAUUAUUAUAAUUAUUAUUGUUAUUAUUAUUAUUUUAAAGACAUAGGACCACAUUUUAAACCCAUCCCCACAGAACCCAAGCACUUCCCUGCCGAAGGGAAGGGCAGAAAUUUCUUGUAAAAAUGUUUUUAUCAAAAGGAGAAAAGGGGCGGAGGGUGCAAAAAAAGAAAAACAAGAACCGCAGCAUCCCCGAAUGGUUGUUUCUCUGUGCUGUAUUUUUUUUUAUCUUCUUCAGACCUUGUCACUGAUGUUUGAACUAAUUUGCCAAGCUCUCUAGUGGUUUUUUUAAAGUGUAUAACAAUUAAUUAAGAAGGAAAUUUUAAAGAAAAGUACAAAUCUAUGAAAGAGUGGAAUUGAUUUUUGUGUGGGAAUACAUAUAGUCGUGUAGAGAUGUUAAAGGAAAUUUUCUGUGUACAGUUUAUUUAUUUUUAAUGUUUGUGUAUAGGAAAAAAAAAAGCUAGAGAUUAUGCCAGAAACUAUUGGAAAUGUUUACUUGAAUAUUCCUUUAAAAACAUAUCAAUGUAAAUAUGAGCUAUCACUGAUCAAACAUUUUUAGCAAUAAACUCUAUCUUUGAAGAAAAACCCCAUGCUGCACUCCAGCUCUCUGGGAGACCAGCAGAAAUUCGGAUUCUUACUCGGAGCAGGUGCUGAGUAAAGGGCUUUGCCUGGGCCACGCUGGUGUAAAUCACGAGAUGCCCCAGAAGUCGGGACAGCUCCUCCGGUUUCUGUCUCUCCGGGAUUCCGCUCUGGGAUUUCUUUGCGUGUAUAAGUAUAACCUGUUGGGGAGAGAGAAAAACACCGACGGGAGAGAAAUGUCUCGUACCGCAUAAAAGAGCUGCGAUGUCCCGGACUGGAGGUGUCACCUGAAGUCCUUGGGAGAUUCCGCGCUCUGCGCUCUUGGAUUCGGCUCUCCCGCUGGCAGAGGAAGCAGUCGAGGUUACUGCCCCGGCCAUCAAAGCGCCUGACACAACUUGGCAGCCCCGCGUGUGUCGGAACAAAUGUUUUUUCCUCGGCUGCCGCUACUAGCAGAGGAGGGAAGGAUGGAGAGGAGCCCUGCGCCCCGACCUGCUGCCGCGACGGAGCCGCGGGCCCGGCCUGUGUGCCCGCUGGGUGCGUGCGGGGCUCAGCAGAGCCCGCCAGGGCGCGCGGGGCCCUCGGCUCGGGCGCUGGUGCCAGGCCGAUCCCCGCGCUCCCACCGCAGCUCACGGAGCCAGGGCCAGGCAGAAACGGGACGGCUCCACCCGGGCGGGCUCCGACAGCGAGCAGGGAGGAGCCCGGCACCGGAGAGCGAGGGCACUGGCAGUGUGAGCCCGCUGCCGACGGACAUCUGUCUGUCUGUCUGUCGGUCGGUCGGUCAAAGGGCUUGGAGCACAGCCCUGACAGGCUGCCAGGCCAUUCCCCUGUGUGUUCUGCGUGGGCUGCUGGUGCUGUAGGGGAAGGUCUGGCCAUUCCCACUGGUGAAUGAAACCUGUCUGAACCGUGACGGAAACGUGCCCGGUAUCCCUGAGGAACAAAUCCCUGCUGCCAAAGGCCCUGGCCAGUGAGAUGUUCUCCCCCAAGGCAGCUGUGGAGCUGCAAGGAGACCCUCCCCCCCUCCAGCUUAGCAUGCAGCACAGGAGAGCAGCAUUACACCAAGCCUAUGGGAAAGCACCAGGACCCUCCAAGGGGUCUGGCUUGUAUCCCUCCAUCAUUGUCUGAGGGAACUGAGGUCCAGCAAGUCCCGUGAAGCAGGCCUGUAGAGCCUGGAGGUCACAGAUUGAAGCUGAAACAGGGAGAGAGUUGUUGAGAUGGGUGUGAUGGGGACAAGGCAAGAUGGACAGCGACAUCCCAUAGCCCACAUCCCUGCAGAGCCCUGCAGCCAUCCCCUCAUCCCUGUUUGAGGAGGCAGGUUGGCCUUUCCACGCAUUUGUCAGUGAGGGAUCGGGAAAGGGGGAGAUGCAGAGGGCAGGGUGAAAAUGAGACUUCAGCAAAGACAAUGUGCAAAACAUCAGGGGCAUUUCAGAGAGAAAGGGGAAAGCUCAUUUUGCAAGAGGAACAACAUCUGUGGUGUGGGGGCCGAACAUCUGUAGGAGGGAGCAUGGGGGGAAGGCAUUCUGGGAAAAUAUUUCUGACAUAAUCCCAACAGUAUCUGGUGUGUUGGGAUUUGGUUACAAAUGGCCCUCUAACGUCUUUGUGCGUUUUGUUCUGCUGGUUCCAGGGGCACACAGAGACCCCUGCUUUGUGCUAACCUGGGAAAUAAACCAUUCGCUGGGC